GUUGGAGAGGAAAGGGACGGAAAAGAAAGAUGACCACAGUUCCCAUGAUGCACGGAGAGAUGACUACAUUUCCCAUGAUGCCCCGGGGAGGGGGCGUAGAGAAGAAGGACUGCAUGUCCCGCGAUGCUCUCGGCGGGCCGGUGGCGGUGAUUGAACCGGAAGAGGCUUUCUGCGUUUGAGAAGUGGAGUGUCUGGUAUUGAACAACCAGAAGUCUAACAUGAAACUGUAUUGCCUGUCAGGGCACCCGACCUUACCGUGCAAUGUGCUCAAAUUCAAAUCAACUACCAUUAUGUUGGACUGUGGACUGGACAUGACUUCCACUCUCAAUUUCCUUCCUUUGCCACUUGUUCAAAGUCCCAGGCUGUCUAAUCUUCCUGGCUGGUCCCUAAAGGAUGGAAAUGCUUUCUUGGACAAGGAGCUAAAAGAGUGCUCAGGUCACGUAUUUGUGGAUUCUGUGCCUGAAUUCUGCCUGCCAGAGACCGAGCUAAUAGAUCUCUCUACGGUAGAUGUAAUCCUCAUCUCUAACUACCACUGCAUGAUGGCGCUGCCCUACAUCACUGAGCAUACCGGUUUCUCAGGCACAGUGUACGCCACGGAGCCCACCGUUCAGAUCGGCAGGCUUCUCAUGGAAGAGCUGGUGAAUUUCAUUGAAAGAGUGCCCAAGGCUCAGUCUGCCUCCUUGUGGAAGAACAAGGAUAUUCAGCGGGAAGGGUUAUGUUUGAUUCAACCAAUAUACCGUGAGAGGCGACCAUGCCAUGUCCUGUGGAGUUGUGUUGAGAAUCAGAUUAUACAGUGCAGUGGUUCUCAAAGCAUGAUCCCUAGACCAGCACCAGGAGCAUCUCUUGGGAGCUUGUUAGAAAUGCAAAUUCUUAGGCCCACCUCAAACCUGAAUCGGAAACUCUGGGUUUGGCACCCAGCAAUCCAUCUUUUAGCAUACCCGCCAGCAGAGUUCUCUCUGGUUUUUCAGCCCAUGGACCAAGCUUCUCUCAAAAACAGUGACGUUCUCAUUCUGACAGGCCUGACCCAGAUCCCCACCGCGAACCCAGACGGCAUGGUGGGAGAGUUCUGCAGCAACCUGGCACUGACAGUCCGGAAUGGAGGAAACGUGUUGGUGCCCUGUUACCCUUCCGGCGUGAUCUAUGACCUCUUGGAAUGUCUGUAUCAGUACAUUGACUCAGCCGGCCUCUCCAACAUCCCUUUCUACUUCAUCUCCCCUGUGGCCAACAGUUCACUUGAGUUUUCCCAGAUUUUUGCUGAGUGGCUUUGUCACAACAAACAGACUAAGGUGUAUCUCCCAGAACCACCUUUUCCUCAUGCAGAGCUCAUUCAGACCAACAAGCUGAAGCACUACCCCAGCCUCCACGGAGACUUCAGCAGUGAUUUCCGCCAGCCGUGCGUGGUGUUCACCGGGCACCCCUCCCUCCGGUUUGGGGAUGUGGUCCACUUCAUGGAGCUCUGGGGGAAGUCGAGUCUCAACACUGUCAUAUUUACAGAACCCGAUUUCUCCUACCUGGAAGCACUGGCUCCCUACCAGCCCUUGGCCAUGAAAUGCAUUUACUGCCCCAUUGAUACACGGCUGAAUUUCAUCCAAGUGUCCAAGCUGCUUAAGGAAGUGCAGCCGCUCCACGUGGUCUGCCCCGAGCAGUACACACAGCCACCCCCCGCGCAGUCCCACCGGAUGGACCUGAUGAUCGACUGCCAGCCGCCUGCCAUGUCGUACCGGCGGGCCGAGGUCCUCGCCUUGCCUUUCAAGCGUCGCUAUGAGAAGAUCGAAAUCAUGCCAGAGCUUGCAGACGCGCUGGUGCCCAUGGAGAUUAAGCCUGGCAUUUCCUUGGCAACCGUCUCGGCUGUGCUGCACACGAAAGACAACAAGCACAUCCUUCAGCCCCCGCCCAGGCCGGCCCAGCCCACAGGCGGCAAGAAGAGAAAGCGGGCAGCCGAGGACAUCCCGGACUGCAAAGUGCUGAAGCCCCUGCUCAGCGGCUCGAUCCCCGUAGAGCAGUUCGUGCAGACGCUGGAGAAGCAUGGCUUCAGUGAUAUUAAGGUGGAAGACACAGCGAAGGGCCAUAUUGUCCUGCUCCAGGAAGCGGAGACGCUCAUCCAGAUUGAGGAAGAUUCGACUCAUAUCAUUUGUGACAAUGAUGAGAUGCUCAGGGUACGACUGCGGGACCUCGUUCUCAAAUUCCUACAGAAGUUCUAAAUGGAACAUCUAAGCCAUUUCUACUUCACUGAAAUCCUGCCGUCCUUCGCUGGGGCUGCCCAGCCCAAACUGAGGAAGGGCAUAAAAAGUUGGUCAUGUCUUUGUGGUGUUCUCUGGCUUAAGGAAUAAAGAAGUGGCCCUUGAGGGAUGUGAUUAUCAGCAGUUACAGCCAGAAUCUCCUGGGCUAGAUUUCUAGCACUGUUGUGGGCAAGAGCUUUUGCUUUAAACUUAAACUCAUUUUCUUCCCAAUUCUGCCUCUCUCGGGGUGGCCAAGAUGGUAAGGCAGCAAGCUGAGGAGUAGCGUAAGAGUAACAGAAGCAGCUUUCCAAGAGGUCAAUGGUGGAAGGGGAGGUAAAAGAUGACCGACUUAGUCUGUGUUUGUUUUUCAUGGUUUCGUAGGCCUUGGGCAGGGGGAAUUAGUCUUUGCUUGUGCUUUAUUUACUUGUCUACAGUGCUACACCUAAUGAGAAAGAUGAUCCAAAAAAUUGGUAUAAUGAACCAUCUAUAUGUAUUUUAUACUGUGAGCCCAUUUUGUUAAUAAAACUUAUUUUUUAUAGAA